CAUCUACAGCCAGUCAACUUUCUCUGUGUUGCUCACCGCCUGGAACAAAUAUGGCAGUCUCGAGGACCUCGCUGCGUGGCUUUCUUACUCAGGCCAGAGGCGCUUUGCGCGCUGCUGUUGGUUCCAACCAGAAGAUCACUUUCGUCAUUGGCAAUGAAUCUGCUGACCUUGAUUCUAUGGCAUGUGCAGUCCUAUACGCAUAUGUUCGAUCAAUGUCACCGCCAAAAAAUGCUUUUACGCCGCUCUACGUGCCAAUAACGAAUAUUCCAGCCUCUGACAUUCAACUACGACCUGAAUUCCUGGCCGUGUUCCAGCAUGCCAAUGUAGAGCCUGAACAUUUGAUAACACUUGAUGAUCUUCCAGCUACAUCUGAUAUACAAUCCAAACUUCGUCCGGAGAACACGGCUUGGAUCCUUGUCGACCACAACACGCUUCAAGGUCAGCUAGGCAAAAUCUACUCAGACCGCGUGAGAGGCGUCAUUGACCACCAUGACGAUGAAGGGACGGUACCCAAAGAAGCAGACAACGAGCCCCGCAUUAUUGAAAAGAGUGGUAGCUGCACUAGUCUGACCACGAAUUACUGUCGAGCAGCAUGGGACAUGCUGAGCGGGUCUGCGUCGUCCGCAGGCGCUACGCACGCCCAAGGAGACAAUUUCUCCGACGACGAUACCGUUGUCAAGCGCUGGGAUGCAAGUGUCGCCCAACUGGGAUUGGCGAGUAUUCUGAUCGAUACAGCGAAUCUCCAAGACCAAAGCAAAACGACCGAGCACGACGUCAGAGCUGUCGAGUACCUCGAGGCUAAGAUCAUGGCUUGUUCUCAGCUAUCAGCAAGCUUUGAUCGAGCCAGCUUCUACAACGAAAUCGAUACAGCGAAGAGAAAUAUUGGCGCGUUGGCACUACGAGACAUACUCCGAAAGGACUAUAAACAAUGGGAUCAAGGCGGGCAGAAGCUCGGUAUUAGCUCAGUGGUUAAACCUAUUGAGUUUCUGCAGGCGAAGGCGGGUUCUGAAACCAACACGCAGCCUCCUUAUGCUGCUUUCUUGGACGAAUUGGAGUUGUUUGCGAGUGAGCGCGAGCUGGACUUGUACAGUGUGAUGACUACAUCGACGUCGUCGGGUGGGGAAUUUCAACGGGAGCUUCUUCUUUGGGCGUUUAACGACGGGGCAGUAGCAGCUGCGAAGGCAUUCGUGUCAACUUCAAGGGACGAGCUGGGACUUGAGGAGUGGCAUGAGUCAGGCGACGUGGUGAAUGGGAACCAUGGCAAAGGGCAGUGGAUGCGGGUCUGGUGGCAACGGCAGGUACAGCACAGUCGGAAGCGGGUUGCGCCUUUGCUCAGGGAGUCGAUGAGCUCGGGGGAGAGUAGGCUCUAGUGCACAUUUGGGGUUUCGCGAUGUAGUUUGUCACGGCAUUGUAGGCCUAUACGCACGAUAGCUGUGUCGACGCCCGUCAGACAUGUCAUGCUCGUAUAGUAGUAGGGAUGAGGAUUGAGGAACUAGCGGUCUGAAACGUGCAACUCGUGGGGGGCGGGGCGACAGGUGCAUGUGCUGUUCCGUAUUUCGCCUGCUGCCAAAGACGCUUGAGGAUGGGCAGGUAGGUGGUAGCGCGGGUGCCUACGAAAGGUCCCAAGCCGUGGCGAGCAUCUGCAGGCUGAGAGGAAGUGGGGACGAGCCAGUCGAGUGUUGCAGGCGGACAGGUGUUUCUCAGCGGACUGGACUGGAUCGCCCCUGCACUGCGCUUGAUGUGUUGGCAGCUCCGCGCAUAUCGCAUAUGCAGACACUGCUGUCAAUCACUUGCCGACCAGACGCAUCUGCACCGACGACU